AUGUUAAAACCUCAACUAUCUCGCUCUAGCACAUGCCAAACCCUAGUACAAUGUCAUAAUUGGACCACUUUCCUCUCCGGCGGCAGCAGCGGGAGAGUCUUGCCGGCUGGCCGGACUUUUCCGCUGAUGCCAAAAGGGAGAAAGUUGCACAAGGAUACCUGCCUCCGAGGUGGUUCUACCACCACCACCGCGGUGGCCGACACCACCACUUUGAAGAAGGUGGCCGGCACCGCUAAUACUACUGCAAACGUAGAGAUUGCGAAGGGGACCAUCUAUGUGCGAUUAACUGAAUGGAUCCUGUCGAGUUUUAAGUUCGCUGACGUCAUCAAUGGUUCUAUCCUUUCAGAAAACUUACAAAACGUCGUCAUCGAUUUGCUCGGGAAACCUAUUCCUAUUCUCGUGGAGGUCGUCAGUUCGGAGUUGGACACCGAGACUGGAUUGGAGAAGGAGACAAUAAAGAGUUAUGCACGCAAGAAGGAGAUGAAGGACAAUAUGGUGAUUUAUGAAUGGGAAUUUAAUAUCCCUAUGAACUUUGGGGAGAUCGGCGCAAUUUGGGUUGAGAACUUGCGCCGAACCGAGAUGUUCAUCACGAACAUUGUUAUUGAACCACUCAAUAUGAGCUCCAUCAACCUCUCUUGCGACUCGUUUGUAGCAUCCAAGUUCGACAAACCUGAUGAGAAGAGGAUCUUCUUCACCAACAAGGCAUACUUGCCCUCCAAGAUGCCCGAAGGGCUUAGAAGGUGUAGAGGAGAGGAUCUUGAGAAAGUCAGGGGAGACGGAGCAGGCGAGCGCAAAUUCUACGAUAGAAUCUACGAUUAUGACGUUUAUAAUGAUCUUGGAAACCCCGACUCUGAUCCCAACCAGAUAAGGCCGGUCCUUGGAGGGAAGGUGAACCCUUACCCUAGGCGUUGUCGCACUGGACGAGGCCGAUGCAAAACUGGUAUAAACCCUAAAUCUGAGUCGAGGAGUGGCUCAAUGUAUGUGCCAAGAGACGAGGCGUUCUCAGAUUUUAAGAAUGCGACAUUCACAUUAAAGACAGUAAGUUCGGUGUUGCCCGCUGUAUUUCCAACCUUAGAGACACUUGUUGUAAACAGCAAACUAGGGUUCCCCUACUUCACGGCUAUUGAUACCCUCUACGAUGAUGGAGCCACCGUUCAGAAACUCAAGAGCAGCGACAAUUGGUUCAAAGACGCCAUUCUGACUCUACUCAAGUUCAUCUCGACCCUAGGAGAUAAUAUUCUCCUGGUAACGAAAUCUCCUAUACAUAAUAUAUUAUUAUUAUUAUAUACGAUGAAUUGUGGAUGCAUGCAUGCAGGAGAUAGAUUUGCAUGGUUUAGAGACGAGGAAUUCUCUCGACAGACACUUGCAGGAAUCAACCCAAUGUCCAUAGAGUUGGUCAAGGAAUGGCCAUUGAAGAGUAAACUUGACCCCAAGCUCUAUGGUCCGGCUGAAUCCGCCAUCACCACAGAAAUCGUCCAAAAAGUGAUUGGAGGCAUCAUUACUGUCGAAGAGGCAGUAGAGAAGAAGAAACUGUUCGUAUUAGACUAUCAUGACCUGUUAAUGCCAUACGUUAAAAAGGUAAGAGAGAUAGAUGAUACUACGCUCUACGGCUCAAGGGCUCUCUUCUUCCUCACGCCAGAAGGUGUCCUCAGGCCCUUAGCAAUCGAGCUGGUCGUCCCUCCUUCGGACGACGGGGAAACACCACAGUGGAAGGAAGUCUUCAUACCCCUUUCAGGCGACUCAACCGCAUGUUGGCUUUGGCGCCUUGCCAAAGCUCACGUCCUCGCCCAUGACAGCGGCGUUCACCAGCUAGUCAGCCACUGGUUGAGGACUCAUUGUUGCGUGGAGCCUUAUAUAAUCGCCACUCAUAGACAACUAAGCACUGCCCAUCCCAUCUACAAGCUGUUGCAUCCUCAUUUCCGUUACACCAUGGCCAUCAACGCUCUGGCUCGACAAGCCCUCAUCAAUUCCGAAGGGAUCGUUGAAGACUCCUUCUCCCCACGAAAGUAUUCGAUCGAGAUCAGUUCUGUUGCUUAUGAUAAGCUAUGGCGUUUCGACCAUGAAGCUCUGCCUGCAAACUUGAUCAAUAGGGGAUUGGCGGUGGAGGACCCGAGCGCUCCACACGGACUCAAAUUGGCGAUAGAAGAUUACCCGUUUGCGAACGAUGGACUUCUCAUUUGGGAUGCGAUUAAGCAAUGGGUUACAGACUAUGUAAACUUCUACUACCCUGAAUCCAAACUAGUGCAAGAUGAUACAGAGCUACAGUCAUGGUGGGAGGAGAUAAAAACUGUCGGCCAUGGAGAUAAGAGUGGUGAGACGUGGUGGCCAGAGCUUAACACCCAAGAUGAUCUAAUUGGGAUCCUAACAACGAUAAUAUGGGUUCCGUCAGGGCACCAUGCUGCUGUCAAUUUUGGGCAAUACCCAUAUGCUGGUUACUUCCCAAACAGGCCAACAAUAGCAAGAACAAAAAUGCCAUCGGAGAUUCAAGAAAGCGAAUAUUGGAAAAACUUCAUUGCUAACCCGAUAGGAGCCCUUCUGCAGUGCUUUCCGUCGCAGCAACAGGCCACAACGGUUAUGGCUGUGUUAGACGUUCUGUCGAACCACUCUGUAGACGAGGAGUAUAUUGGGGGGAAGAUUGAGCCUUCGUGGGAGGAGGAAGGGGUUAUAAAGGCAGCCUUUGAGCGGUAUAGUAGAAGGGUGAAGGAGAUUGAAGGGAUUAUUGAUGCUAGGAAUCUUGAUUUGAGUCUCAAGCAUAGAAGUGGGGCUGGAGUUGUACCUUAUGAGUUGUUGAAGCCAUUUUCAAAGCCUGGUGUUACUGGCAUGGGUGUCCCUAAUAGCAUUUCCAUAUGAUGAACUUUUAAUUACAACCCAAUCUUUCCACACUUUAUCUUCAUUUCUUAUGAUAAUUAAUUACAUCUUAUCCAUUUUAGGGUUUCA